GUCAUCCUAAUCUUUGCUGUACUCAUCCCAAAGAUUCAGAGUUAUGAUGCCGCUACGCCAGGAUGCCACAUUCACCCAUUUAAUGUUACAAUAAGAAGUGAUCGUAAAGGGACUUGCAGAGGGACUCAAGUUAUAAAUGCCUGCGUCGGUCAUUGUGAAUCCAGUGCAUUCCCAUCCAAAUAUUCCGUUUUAGUGGCCAGCGGAUUCAAACACAACAUAACAUCAGUGUCACAGUGCUGCACCAUCAGCAAAAUGCAGAAAGUAAGUACCUGA